ACCAUGGAACCAACAAGGCAUUCUCCAUCCCUUGUGUACAGAGGACUGCAUGAGCUGUCUAGUCCAUUCCAGGGCAGGAUGACCACAGAGCCUGCUCACCUAGAGAUGCUGCAGGUGCUGUACCACAGCGAUGAUUUCAUUGUGGUGGACAAACACUGGGACAUCCGCAUUGACAGCAAAAUGUUUUACGAAAAACACACGGUGCAGGCCCAACUGCGGCAUCGUUUCCCUCAGCUGGCAGAUCCUAGCACCUACUAUGGAUUCAGGUUCUGUCAUCAGCUGGACUUCUCCACCAGCGGAGCUCUGUGUGUAGCAUUGAAUAAGGCAGCCGCAGGUCGAGCCUUUCGCUGCUUCAAGGAUCGAACUGUCACCAAAGCCUACCUCGCCCUGGUA